UUCCCUAAGCCGCGGGGGCGCCCGACGGAACGAACGCCGAGCGCUCGCUCGCGCGCGCGCGUGUGUGUGUGUCGCACUUGUUUCACGUCCGGCGUGAAUGGGCGGCCCAUUGGCUGCCGUGGAAAGCGGGACCUGGCCGGUUUCUGCCAUUGGCGUGCCUUGUUUACCCUCGCAACUCACAGCUGAUGUCUGCGAGGAGGCGGCGAGGGUAACCGCGAGGGGGGGCUUCUCUCUGCGAACACGCCGGAGGCAGCGGCGACGGGCGGCAAGCGACGGGGGCUGUUGCGGGCGGCUGGCUUUUUUUUCCUAGCGCGCGCGUGUGCGUGCGUGUGUGGUGUAGGGCUGCCGGUUCGGCGCGACGGACGAGCACGAGGUGCGGAGAAGGUGUCCGACAAAACCGCGCGCUGCCAACAUAAUGAGACAUGAGCGUCAAUUUUAUGGACGGCCUCUUGGGAAAUAGCGUCGCCAAGCCGCCGGACGCCGCAACGGUGGCCGCGACGGUCGCUUCCGCCGUGACGGCCGCCCCGGUGCCGUUCCGUCCCUACCAGACGACGACGGUGACGCGCGCCUCCUCGGACAUGUACCCGUUCGUGCACGCGGCAGGGCCGCCGGCGACGUCGACGGCGUCGCCGCUGGGUUACUUCACGUCCAUGGAUCUGGCCAAGUCGGACGCGAUGGCAGCGGCGGCGGCGGGAUACGCGGCCGCGGCCCUAGGGCUGGGGCCGCACGCCGCCGCCGCUGCGGCCGCCAGCGGAGCGGCGACGUCGCCGGCCGCGACGGCGUCGUUGAUGGCCUCCCAACAGUUCCUGGCCGCGGCCGAGCUCGCCUACCCGCUGCCCCGGCUCGGAAUGAUGAGGCCCGAGGACGCCCUGAACGACGUGCCCCGCUACCCGUGGAUGGCGCUUGCAGGUUCUGCGUUCCGGGCUGCCGCUCACAAGCUCCAUCAUCGGGUCGAGGAGUAUCCGCACUCAUUCCACCUGUUUUCAGGUCCGAAUGGUUGCCCGAGGCGGCGCGGCAGGCAGACGUACACGCGCUACCAGACGCUGGAACUCGAGAAGGAGUUCCACUUCAACCACUACCUGACGCGGCGGCGGCGCAUCGAGAUCGCGCACGCGCUCUGCCUCACCGAGCGCCAGAUCAAGAUCUGGUUCCAGAACCGGCGCAUGAAGCUCAAGAAGGAGCUGCGCGCCGUCAAGGAGAUCAACGAGCAGGCGCGCCUGGAGGCCAAGCACUCCGGCAAGCCGCCUUCGAGCGGCUCGGACACGGGGUCCGCGUUGCAACAGUCUUCGUCUUCUGCCUCCGCGACUUCGGCGCGCACCGGCGGAAGGUCCGCUUCGGACGCCGCUGUGGGGGUCGAACCCGGCGACAGCGACGACAGCGACAAGGACGACGUCAUCCUGAACCCCGACGAGCCUUACGACGACGACGACCUCGAGGCGCCCGAGGCGCCGGCCCCGCCGCACCGGCCGAUGCCGCUCGCGCUGGGCGUCGUCGACGUCAAGGGUGCGCCGUCGGCCUGCGGAGCGCUCCCUCGCGCGUGACGUUGUUUCUGCACGAACAUCCCCCGCGCCUUUGCGACGGAACCCCACGUGAGAUCGUGCUUCUUGGCGUGCCGGCUAGCCAGCCUUAUAUACGUGGACGUGCAAAAGUGUGCGUGAAUUGUUGCUGACUUGCGUGGGUUUCUUCGCCUUCGAGUCAAGUACCUUUUCUUUUUUUGUAGAUAAAAGAAAGGAAAGUUUCAUUCUGGACAAACAAAGGUCGCGAAGUCCGUCCAGUGAUCACCUCAUUCGUACACCAUCGUCAGAUCUCCCUUCCCCUCACGUAGAGCUCGGGAUAAAGAGUCCUGAGGUGCCUUUUGCCUUUUCUGUAGUAGUGAGGCUAUUUAAGAUGUUGUAGCGUGUGACUGCGACGUGUAUGCGAAAGCCUUCUGAUGCGUGCACGGCGGGUCAGCGUGCUUUCUGUGGGACCCCCUGCAAUACGACUUAUAAUCAAAAAUAAGAUAGCAUUGUAAAGCUAUAACUCUCGUUGUUUCCUGCGUUUGUUUUCUCGCCAAUCAUUCGUGCAAUCCAUUCUUGUUUUAGACUUGCCCGUCUCCUCGUUUCGUACUUUGUGUUUUUUUUUUUCUUCUUUUAUUCUGUCUCCUACGGCCGAGUGCUCCAAGCAUUCAAGGAGCAGUGAUCACGGCAUCACCAAAGUGGCGCAAUGUGUAAUCAUUUGCUUUCACCUCGUGUCGUGUCUUUCCGUGUCAUGUGCAGAGCGUACCCACGGAAAUAGCUUGUGCUUCGCUGGGUUUGACAGAGCCAACACGUAGAGAAGACAGGAACAUUUGCAACGGGCAUUUAUUUUCUCAAGCUUCUCUCACAUUUAAUUCAAAUGCUGAAGCUGUUGCUGUAGUUCAGUCGUGUUGAUUUUACGCAGUAGAAUGGCAGAUAGAUUUAUUUUAAAAAAGUUGUCAGCUAUUUAGAAUGUGUAUUCGCUAUACCUUGCAGCCUUUUCGGCACAUAUACGUAUCCUACCGAAAAAACAAAGUGACUGCUGUGAAUGUCCAUGGUGCAAAUGUAUACGUAGAGUGUGUAUCUCCGCCGAUUCCCAUGUGUCGUUCGUUUUGUGUUUUGUUGUUUGUUCGUUGCCUCUGAUUAGCUGAAAUAAUCAAAUCCCACGUGGAGUCGAGUCGGUUUCAACAAGCUGAAAGAAGAGCGUCGUGUUCGUCUGCGGUUCACCGAAAUUUACGGCGGUACCUUAGCGGCCGAAUGUUGUUGCGCUGACGCUGUUCAACUCGGCAAUCGAUAAGGCCGCGACAGAAAUGUAUAAAAUCUUGCUCGUGGCACGACACCAUGGUUAUCUUUUCUCGUAAUAACCUCUUCUAAUCACUCAUCUGUCUUCUUGCAAAGAUACGUGCACGAGAACAAAUUCAUCCUCGUCAAUAUGUAUUUGGUCAAGACACUAUAGCUCUCAUUAUCUUCGGAGAGCGAGCUCGUGAUUAAUCGCGCAAAGCCUCUUCUUCCGUUACUUCUAGUGCUACACAGCAUCAGUGUAACGUAAAGCAACACGAACUUGCAGUACAAAAGACAGUUCUCAAAAGACAUUCGACCUCUUCAGGAGCAGCACCGGUACACCACGUCCCGAGCAAGCUUGUCUCAACCCCUCGAAUGACGCAAAGCUUCAGGUCGAAUUAUCACCUCGCGCGGCAUCUGAUGAUUUCUUAUCUCCGCGCGCGAACCAUUUUCUACGCAUGCGCGCCGCGUUGCGCAUCUGAGUCGGCCGAGGUUACAUAGAAUGUAUACAUUCCCGGGAGAGUCAAAACGGUGCCUUUAAGUGCCACUACCAGCACGUGAGUCGAGCAGUCAAAGGCGGCUCGCUGAGGCUCGUUAGGCUAUUCAAAUGAGCCCACCCUAGUGCCACCACUUCCGGCUAAAUGCAUCUCCUCACACGGCGCACAAAGCCGCAGCAGCGCCACGCCGGGAGGCCCGCGCGCUGGCCGAUAAGCGUGCCACUGUGCAGGGGCCGCACGUAUAGGCUCUCUGCGCUGCACUCAGUCGCCGACGAGCAAACAGCACGGGGUCAUUGGGAUCGCGGGCACGCAUGGAUGCGCCGAAGGCGCAUUACCAUAACUGCGCCCUGUUCAUCCGCCGCUGUUGCUCUCUCCUCACUUUUCCGCUGCCCCCUUAUUACGGUUAUCGCCAGCCAAACAUAGCGAGAAUGCCCGAACAGCAGAAGCACUGCCGAGGUGUAUAUAGUGGAGCAAACGUACGCACGCUUAUGUACACGAGCGCGCUCUAACCGCGAGAGUGUGAGCUAUAGAGGUCGCCUGAUUCGGGUAAAUGAGGCGUCCGUCCGUACGUCCGUCCGUGUGUGUGUGCUUCGCUUGCCAAGCCCUUUCAUUCUUUCUCUUUCGUGCCGCGAGCAACGGACGCGCCAGAAACAAGAACAAAGGCUAAAUCUGAAAACACCGCGCACGCCAGCGCGAACGUUGAAAAAUUCCGUCGUCCAACUCGCGUCCUCCCACAUAGACACUGCCGUUGAGCCGUGCCGAGAACGAGCUUAGAAAGUGCCGGGAGAGCGGAGCACGCAACGGGCUAUGAGCCGAGCGAUAAAGGCUUCCGAGCGCGGCGGCGCACCACACACACGCACAAACACACACAACCACACCAAAAAAGAAAGAGGUGCAUCUCUGGCCGUUGAGUUCCGCAGUCAGGAAAGCAGUCCGUCAUAACAAACGCGCUUCUCGGAGCGAUGCGGUCCUUUGUGGAGCGCGACGUGCGGAUGCGUUUCGUUCGGGCGCCGCCGCUGGCACCGCCUCGGCACACGGCUGCUGCUCGCCUUCGAGCGCCCUGAAUAACGGCUCCCGACGGCGCCACCGAGUCUGGGUCCCGCUGGUGCCGCCAGCGUUCGGUCCGCUGCCCGCGUCUCGGCGGCGGCGGCGCAAGAAACAGAGCUGGCUUGCAAAUCGGCCGACCCUGGGUUUUGGGUCCUGUAAACAAAUCGCCUUCCCGCAACGACGCCAGUGGGCGUUCUAGAUGGGCAAUCGCAUAGGUGCCGGAGAUAGCGCUGUCUUCCGCCUGCUGCUCCCUUCAUGCCAACACAAAGGCAGAGACUGUGCUGCUUUCCUAUAUAGACGCGCUGUCGGUUUGUGACACGGGUUGUGGAUGUUCUGUGGAGACGACCCGGUGAGCCAGAAGGGAGAACCAGAAGGAAGUUUCGUGACCCGCGCUUAUACGAAAGAUCGCUCGACCUUUGAAUGGCAUUCAACCAGUACUCGUGCCGCGCGAAUUGGUCUCGCCUGUCGAAUCGUAGCGACGCGAGCUGUGCCUCUGUCUUUCGAUCCGCUUCGACGAAGUGCGCAGCCAAACCUAAAGCAGUACUGAUAAUCGGACCCGUUGUAAUUUUUGGUAUAGUUUCCAUCGGUAAAGCGAACGGUGUAAAAGUAGGCGCGUUUGAUUGAUUAUUUGGCUCAUUGCUAAAGGCCCGUCACUCAGAAUCGGCUGUCAAAGUGGAAAGUUCCAGCAUAACAACAAACGGUUUAGGCAACGCAGAGCAGAGCUCUGCGUAGGAUAAGUUUGUAGUCAGAACGGCUUCUAGCACUCUUGAUAUAGUGUUGCAGGUGUGGAGACGCAGUUUCACAUUACAAAGCGCCAGGUCUGCCUUUAAGUAGGACGUAAAAGCGCAGCACUUGUUCUUUUAUAUAUACAUGUAUAUCCAAGACGACAGCAUAUAUAGGGGCUGCAUGGGCAAAAACGUGUCCCUCGAUUACGUCUGUAUUCGCGCUUGCGCAAACGCUAUCACAUCAGCAGGUUUUCCUACACAUCGCGCAAAGAGCAGCAUGCUCCUUGGGUGGCGUACAACGAACUGCGAUGUUUAAACGUUCUGAUGCUUGUUGAAACGACCAAUCUUCGUGCCCUCUCCUGUUCUCCAGCUCGUCGUGCCUUAUGGAGGGGCCCCAGCAAGUGUGUCGCGUGGCCGCAUGUCAGUUCGCUUCGCCGCUGCCUUAUAUCAUUUGCUUCUGUUGUGAGUUUGCCUCUUUUAUACGUGAGCUUAGUCUGCCGCUUAGGGUACGUACAAUGUCGUGAUUGUCUCCGCCGAGAUACAUUGAAUAUUUAUGAAGAAAGCUAUAUGAUCCGCCGGUCUCAUAUUUCACGAUGUAUCUGUGUGAGUGCAGUGUUGUGUGUCCUUUUGUUGUGCUCAGGAAGAUGCGCUGUGCAAUAGAACUGUUCAGAGUGCCUUGUUCCCCCUUCUUUCUUCCUCACAACGUGUCCUUAUUUACGCGCUCUGCAGAUGUCGUAGCCAUUCGAGCCUUGGCGGCUAUUGAAGUGUUGUCGCUAACUGUGACCUAAACCUUGGCGAAAACGGCACGAACAAGGCAGUAGAGAGUUUUAGUACGCCGUUCGUUGCGCAUGCACUGGCGUUGCAUAUGCGUGCGAGCACUAUGUUUCGCGCAGCGCGCAUGCGCAUAGUGCGAUGCACAACGAAACGUCGUAUGUACGCGCCGGGCGCGUAUACGAUUCUUGCGAGCGUACCGAGGGAGGCAUCGCGUGCAACUCUCGUCGCUCUCGUAAUGUUCGGGACAGCGCGAGACUCCUUGCUUUUACAAUAUGGUGGCGUCAAAACAACCCGCAACAAGCUGCUUACUUUAGGGUGGCGUUUAAAUUGGUUCACGUAACGGAGUAUUUUCGUGUGUACGAAAGGUUCGUGACACAUGCCGUGGUGUUCCGUGAAAAGAUUGCGUACAGCAUACAGCGUACGUGGCGUCAUGGACAGAGUACUAAAGCUCUCGAAUGGUUUUACUUUUUUGCGAUUGUCUGUGACGUGAAGUGCAAGCAGGAAUUUCGAAACCAUUGAAGCCGACUUCCAAAAUAAUAUCGAUGGAAUGAACUCUGUUCAUUUUGCUAACCGAAGUGAGCAGUGGAGGCGGGAAACAUAAGUUAUUUUAUUUCAACGGUGUCAUUAAUACGUGGCGUCUUAUUGGAUUCAGGAGCCAGACCAACACAGGCCAGUAUAUUCCGCGCAACUGGUUUGAGGAAAACAAGCAUGUUUGCUAGAUGUGAUAGGAAGUAUACAUUUUUUGAGGUGUGUAAGUACUCUUGGAAAGCACGCUUUUCUCGUUAACAUGAACGACUGUGUGUGUGCCUUCGCGUUGCAUGUUGAAAGAAAUGAAGGCGGCAGAUGCAAACGUCUUUUGAUGAUAGUGAAAAAUAUUUCCUCCCUCAUCCGGCAUAAACGUAAACUCGAACCGCAAUACUAUUUGGUGCCGAAUAGGGAUUAAUCCUAAAAAGAUACACAGUAUACCUAGACUUCAGCAGGUUUACAGUUUUAGCCUUUGAUACGAUCCCUUCCUCCAAUUCGAUUAUCGAAACACCUAAAGGCAUCCGGAUCUCUUUAGCUUGUAGAACACUUCAGCUGAUAUAAGCGAGCCUACCUUUAUACUCACUUUGUAUUAAAAAUUAUCGAGAAGUGUUUACUGCAUUUAAAAGGACUACAGUAUUUGAUCUGGACCGGAGGCCAUUUGUUUGAAUUCUAUCUAACGCAGUUUUUCGCACUUGUCGACGCUAACAGCGGCUAGAAUGGUUUGGUGCAUACAGCCCUCGGCGUCUUGGUUGUUUAAUCUUCUUAUUUUCUCUUUUUUGUUUUCACUGCCAGGAAAGCACUCAGAACGCAGAUAGGGAACCUUGACUUUGCAUGACAUGUGAAAGACUAUGUUGUUUUGCUCUGAACCGUGCGGGGGGGGGUAGUAGAAUAUUUCCCGAACAGUGGCGCUAUUUUCUUCGCUUGUUCAUACAUAUAAACAAACGAUCGGCAUUUAACAAGUGACGCCUGUGUUUUGUUGUAAAGCGAGAAAAUUAUUGAUUUUUCACAAGUUUAUGUUUUUGUGGCACUUGUCAGCAACCUGCGUGGAGCGAGAGCUGGCCGAUCAUCUUUGAUAGCAAGUGGACUAAUAUUUGUUUUGUUUUUUUUUCUUUUUUUACUGUGAAAGUGAAUCUUUGCUCCGAGCCGUGUUCUAUGUUUUCUUUGCAUCGGCAGAGACAAAAUGCCCUUUCCCGUUGCAAGUGCAUAGAGUGUGUUCUAAAAUGUGCAAGGUACGAAUUUCUGAAGCUGUUAAUGCUUGAAUGUGUUCGUUUGUUCGUUUCAAAGAUUAUCGAUUUUGUUCAGGAAUAAAGUGCCUACAUGAGACUCU